AUGGACAGGUUAGACGAGGAGAAGACCUCGUUCAUAACGGAAGAUGGGACUUAUUGUUACAGGGCUAUGCCCUUUGGGCUAAAAAAUGCUGGAGCGACAUACCAAAGGCUGAUGAAUAAGAUCUUCAGGGGGCAGAUAGGAAGAAAUGUGGAGGUAUAUAUAGAUGAUAUGAUGGUAAAAAGCCAGACCUUUCAGCAACACGUGGCAGAUUUAAAAGAAGUAUUCGGAGUAUUGAUGCAGUACAGAAUGAGGUUAAACCCAGAUAAAUGCGCUUUCUUCAUCAGGGGAAAAUUCCUGGGAUACAUGGUCAACGGAAAAGGAAUCGAGCCAAAUCUAGAGAAGGUAGAAGCCAUAUUAAAAAUGCCUGAACCAACCUACAUAAGAGAUGUGCAGAGACUUACAGGAAGAGUGGUAGCACUUAACAGAUUUAUGUCAAAAUCCGCAGAAAGCAGUCCCCUAACUGGGGAAGAACUCUUGAUCUAUUUGCCCGCCUCAGAACAAGCCGUCAAUGCCGUGUUAGUAAGAGAAGAAGGGGGAGAGCAGAAGCCAAUAUUCUACGUGAGCAAAGUACUUAAAGAUGCUGAGGUCAGAGCAGGCAGAGCUCAACGAAAAACCCACAGAAGCAACGGAGGAAAAGAGCGAACAACAGCCCUUGUGAGAAUUCAAUUGGAAGCUAUAUGUGACGGAGCAUCAAGCACUGCAGGUAGUGGUGCAGGAGUAAUGUUGAAAGGACCAGAAGGGUUCAAAGUUUGUUAUGCCCUGCGAUUAGAGUUCGGUGCUUCCAAUAAUAUAGCGGAGUACGAAGCCCUGAUAAACGAAAUGUUGAUAGCAAUGGAAAUUGGGGCAACCGACCUCAAAAUAAACAGUGAUUCUCAGUUGGUGGUCAACCAAAUAACGGGGGCAUACCAGGCGAGAGACCCCAUUAUGCAGAAAUACCUAACGAAAGUAAAAGCCAUCAAAGCAGAACUCAGCGAGCAGAGAGUCACUGUAAAAUAUCAGAAAAUACCUCGAGAAGAAAAUGAGGAAGUAGACCUGCUUAGCCGAUUAUCUGAAGAGGAGUUGGAACAACUCCCAAACGAGGUAUACAUACAACAUAUUAAUACUCCCGCCUUUGACAAAACGAAUGCUAUAAUGCCGGUUGAAGAAGGACAAAGUUGGAUGACCCCAUACCUGGAAUACUUAGAGAAAGGAAAGCUUCCAGAAGACAAAGCUAAACCAAAGAAAAUAGCAACCCGAGCUCCUAAUUAUCAAGCGAUAAGAGGCACGCUAUACAGAAGGGGGAAAUCUAGCCCGUGGCUCCGAUGUGUAGGGCCAGAAGAAGCAACCAGGGUUAUGGAAGAAAUUCAUCAGGGAAUAUGCGGGGCUCAUGAAGGAGCAGGAACGCUGGCGAAUAAAAUUUUCAAGCAAGGAUACUACUGGCCUCUAGUCAAGAAGGAGACAGAAGAAUUUAAGAAGUUCGUAAUAGUAGCUGUGGAAUAUUUCUCUAAGUGGCCGGAAGCUGAAGCUGUCCCCACCAUCACAGCAAGAAAAAUAAUAGAUUUCAUCUGGAGGAACAUUAUCUACAGAUUUGGAAUACCGAGGGUACUCAUAUCAGACAACGGCAAGCAAUUUGACUGCAAGACAUUUAAAGAGUUCACGAAAAACAUGGACAUCUGGCACAAGUUCUCCUCGGUAGCCCAUCCUCAAACUAACAGCCAAACAGAGGUAACAAACCGAGCCAUUCUCCAGGGAUUGAAAAAGCGACUAGAUGGUGCAAACAAGAAUUGGGCAGAUGAACUUAAUAGCAUCUUGUGGGCAUUUCGAGCCACUCCCCGAGCGCCCACAAAAGAAACACCUUUUGCGUUGGCAUUUGACACUGAAGCCGUGGUCCCGUCGAGUUACAAGUUCCCACUCACCGAGUUCAAUUUAAUAACGGAAACACUAACGAUGAUAAGCUGA